CAGGACCAAGAGCACACCAAAACAGGUCUAAAGAAGAAGAAGAAGAAGGAGGAAGAUUCACGUGUAGACGCUUCCUUCUCUUAUAUCAAUCAUUUCUUAAAGGCCGAAAAGGAGGAUAAACGCGAACCAUGGCACAUCAGUGGGUGCGGCACGUCACCCUCCAUUCCAGGACGUGCUUGAAACACUACUUCACCUGGUUGACCUGCCCCAAGUUCUCCACCUCCAGUGUUCCCUUCAGGAGAAAAGACUCAACAGGGAAGAGUCCUGGAGCUUCAUCUGAGCCCGAAGAAGGCUCCUUAGAAGAUUACGUGAGUCAUGAAUCUCCCAAAGAGCUGCUGGAUAAUGCAGCCCAGUACGACAACACUGUAGAGACUCUCGAUGAUGUCUGGACCAAAGGACCUUACCCACACCAUAGUAAUUACAAACAGAGCCAAGCCAAGUUCUCCAAGCGACCCAACAUCGACCCAAGAGAAACAUCCGUUAUUUUAUUUCCGGGGCAAGGGACUCAAUUUGUGGGUAUGGGUAAAGACCUGCUGGAUUAUCCCAAUGUGGAGGACAUGUACCACGCCGCUUCGAACAUCCUUGGCUAUGACCUGCUCAAGCUGUGUUUGGAGGGGCCCCCGCAAGCCCUCGCCAAGACAGUCCACCAGCAGCCCGCGAUCUUCGUCUCCUCGUUGGCAGCUGUUGAGAGGAUGCGCGAGGAGAGACCAAGUAGCCUAGAAAACUGUGUGGGGGUGGCCGGGUUCAGCGUGGGGGAGAUCGCCGCCCUAACCUUUGCCGGUGUGUUUUCCUUCGAGGAGGCGAUCCAGUUGGUCAAAGUUCGGGCGGAGGCCAUGCAGCUCGCCUCAGAAAUCACCCCCAGCGGCAUGAUGACUGUGAUGUAUGGCCCUGACUCUCGCUUGGGGUUUGCCUGCUCUGUGGCCAAGGAGUUCUGCCACCACAAGGACCUGCCGCUCGUUGACUGUCGCAUUGCCAGCUACCUCUACCCUCACUGCAAGGUUAUCGCAGGGAAUGACGAGGCUCUCUCCUUCAUUGAGCAAAACAAGUCAGACUUCAAGCUGCGCCGCCUUAAGAGGCUGCCAGUGUCUGGGGCCUUCCACACGGACCUCAUGAAGCCUGCCGUCGCCCCACUCAGAGAGAUGUUAACUAAAAUCAAGGUUGGAGAGCCUCUUGUUCCUGUUCACUCCAAUCUGGACGGCAAGAUAUACAAGAAUGCCAGCCAGGUGAAGAAGAACCUCCCCAAGCAGGUGUUCUCCCCUGUCAGGUGGGAACAGACACUACAUGUCCUCUAUGAACGGAGUCAAGGAACGGCCUUCCCCAAGACCUACGAGUGUGGCCCGGGAACCUCCCUGAAGACUAUCCUCAAGAUGGUCAAUGCCAAAGCCUGGGAUUCAUGUCAUAGUAUUGAGGCAUGAACUGAAUGAACAUGGAAAGUAAGGAAACUCAUUCUAAUGUACAAAAGUAAAACUAAAAUAUAAAAAAUACAAUCAAUACCAAUUCAAUUUUGUUUGUAUA